UCACCGGUAACAAAAGAGACCAUCCUGAAUAAACAAAUUCGAUUUCUACCGAAACUCACACUGCCUCUCCUACUCCCAAUACAUAUAUGCCUCCUACAAAGGAAAUAAAGAAAGAAUUUGCGCAGCCCUCGAGUCAUAGAAUGGAAGUUGAUGUUUCUAUUCCAUUAAUAUUAAAACCCUUUGUAAGAAUUUCAUAAUUUUUCUCGGUUUUCUGGGAAUUUGAGAUUGAGGGAGUUGUAAGAUUAGGAAUGGAAAAAAAGAUGGUGAAUUUCUGGGUAUUUCUAUGCGGUUUUUUCGUUUCGCUGGGUCCUUUCAAUGCCUUUGGCAAUGUUGUUUUGAUUGGAAAGAAUGUCACUUUAUCGUUUGAAGAUAGGGAAGCUACUUUUGCUCAACCUGUGAAAGGUUUUGGUAAAUGUCGCACAUUGAAUGUGGCCCAACCUUUGGAUGCAUGUUCACUAUUGACUAAUAAUGUUGUUCUGAAAACAAACUGCACCGAAUUUUCGUGUGUUUUGAUCAUCAGAGGAGGAUGCAACUUUGAGACGAAAGUCAGAACAGCGCAAGCUGCAGGAUUCAUAGUGGCCAUUGUUUAUGACAACAAGGACGGCGAUCUAGUUGCAAUGGCAGGAAAUUCUGCUGGUAUAAAAAUAUAUGCUGUGUUUGUAUCCAAAGCUUCUGGUGAAGCACUGGCUAAUUAUGCCGGCAUUCCAAACACGGAGCUAUGGCUAACCCAGAGUUUUGAAGAAUCAAGUUUUUCGAUCAUGGCUACAGCUUUUGUUACAUUACUUUCCGUAUCUGCUAUGUUAGCUACGUGUUUAUGCUACUGGAGGCAUCGUAAUAGAAGAGAACGGGUUCGAGUUUCAAGUGUACGGGAAUUCCAUGGAAUGAGCAAUCGUCUGGUGAAAGCCAUGCCGAGCCUAAUUUUUUCAACUGUUUUGGAGGAUAAUUCUACGUCAAGUACGUGUGCUAUAUGUCUUGACGAUUAUAAUGUUGGAGAGAAGCUUAGGAUUCUGCCAUGCCUCCAUAAAUUUCAUGCUACUUGUGCUGAUGCUUGGCUGACAUCAUGGAGAACCUUCUGUCCCAUUUGCAAACGUGAUGCUAGAACUAAUACUGGUGAUCCACCAGCAUCAGAAUCUACAGCGUUGCUAUCAUCCAGCCCAGCUUCUGUUAAUUCAUCUUCUGCAUUGUCAUCCGUUAGAUCAUCGUUAGCACCAUCCUCAGCUAUACGGAUUGCCACGUCAUCAUCUCGGUCCCCUUUGGUUCCCUGUCUACAGUCCAUCUUUAGCACUUCUUAUAACCAGCAAUCACUUCAGUCUUAUCAUCUAUCUCCUCAAAUUAACAGCAGCAGAAGCUCAGUCGACUUCAGGAACACUUCUUCUCAAAGAUCUUGUGGUGCUUAUUUAGUUUCUCCUCACUCGUUAGGUUAUCCAUCAUUAUCAUCCCUAAACUCCCGAUGCAUGUCACCCUACAUUCCGAGUCCCAACAAUGCCUCAUCAAGUUACAUCGAGUCCUCUAGUCGUCCGCCUAAUCCACUUCAUCAUAGUGAGUCAACUUCAAGCUUUUCACCAUUUGCUUCGGAUCAGUCUCUUCCGGGGUGUUAAUAAAAUCGCAGUUGAUUGCGUUGAGUAUAGUAGGAGGUUUGAAUGGUGAGAGUUCAUCACAUUACAUAGUAAUAGAAGAUAUGCACCAUCAUUACAUUAGCCGACUGUUUUGGUGUAUAAAUCUUGUUUUCUUCUGAAAUCGCAAGCACAUAAGAUGUUCAUUUUCAUUUUUAUUUUGCCUUGGUUUGAGUUUUGUCUA